AUGGCCCCGCCGCUCCUGCUGCUGCUGCUGGCCAGUGGAGCGGCCGCCUGCCCACUGCCCUGCGUCUGCCAGAACCUGUCCGAGUCGCUUAGCACCCUCUGUGCCCACCGAGGCCUGCUGUUUGUGCCACCCAACGUGGACCGGCGCACAGUGGAGCUGCGGCUGGCUGACAACUUCAUCCAGGCCUUAGGGCCGCCAGACUUCCGCAACAUGACGGGGCUGGUGGACCUGACACUGUCCCGCAAUGCCAUCACCCGCAUCGGGGCCCGUGCCUUCGGGGACCUGGAGAGCCUGCGCUCCCUGCACCUGGAUGCCAACAGGCUGGUGGAGCUGGGCACUGGCAGCCUGCGGGGCCCCGUCAACCUGCAGCACCUCAUUCUCAGCGGCAACCAGCUGGGCCGCAUUGCGCCGGGGGCCUUCGACGACUUCCUGGACAGCUUGGAGGACCUGGACCUGUCCUACAACAACCUGCGGCAGGUGCCCUGGGCCGGCAUCGGCGCCAUGCCUGCCCUGCACACCCUCAACCUGGACCACAACCUCAUCGACGCAUUGCCCCCGGGCGCCUUUGCCCAACUCGGCCAGCUCUCCCGCCUCGACCUCACCUCCAACCGCUUGGCCACGCUGGCGCCCGACCCGCUCUUCUCCCGGGGGCGCAACGCCGAGGCCUCGCCUGCCCCGCUGGUGCUGAGCUUCAGUGGGAACCCCCUGCACUGCAACUGCGAACUGCUGUGGCUGCGGCGGCUCGCCCGGCCCGAUGACCUGGAGACCUGCGCCUCCCCGCCCAGCCUGGCCGGUCGCUACUUCUGGACGGUGCCUGAGGGCGAGUUCUCCUGUGAGCCGCCCCUCAUUGCCCGCCACACGCAGCGCCUCUGGGUGCUGGAGGGCCAGCGGGCCACACUGCGGUGCCGGGCCCUCGGUGACCCUGCGCCCACCAUGCACUGGGUCGGCCCUGACGACCGGCUGGUCGGCAACUCCUCCCGAGCCCGGGCUUUUCCCAACGGGACCCUGGAGAUUGGGGUGACGGGUUCCGCGGACGCGGGGGGCUACACCUGCAUUGCCACCAACCCUGCUGGCGAGGCCACAGCGCGGGUAGAAUUACGAGUGCUGGCCUUGCCCCACGGAGGGAACGGCAGUACCGAGGGGGCCCGCCCGGGGCCCUCGGACAUCGCCGCCUCAGCCCGCACUGCUGCCGAGGGAGAGGGGACGCUGGAGUCUGAGCCAGCCGUGCAGGUGACGGAGGUGACCGCCACCUCAGGGCUAGUGAGCUGGGGGCCAGGGCGGCCGGCGGACCCUGUGUGGAUGUUCCAAAUCCAGUACAACAGCAGCGAGGACGACACCCUCAUGUACCGGAUCGUCCCAGCCUCCAGCCACAGUGACGGUUCGCGCAGCGGCAGCAGGAGCCAGUGCGGUGCAGGAUGCAGGGGCGCCAGGGUGGCCGGGGGCGCGCGCGCCUGUGCCAGGGUGAGUGCACUGCGGCGGCGCCGGGGGGCUGCGCGGCGGGUCCGCGCCGGCCCGGGCCUCGGGCGUGACCAGGAGCCACCCGUGGGCCCUGCAGUGGCCGCGAUUCCGGGUGACCUCGGGAGCCGGCCUGGGCCCCGGUGGAUCCCCGCGAGCCCCUCCACGUCCGCUCUCCACGUGCGUGUCCACGGUGCGCGUUCUCGUUGGCUCGCACCCCCCUGCCUGUCACUGCUGCUACUGCCGCUGCUGCCGCCGCCGCCGCCACCGCGCCGCGGAAAAGGUACCGGGAACCGAGUGAGCCAGGGCCGCGGGCCCGAGCGCCAUGGGCCGGAAGGCGUGCGGAGGGCGGCUGGCUCCAGCCCUCUCUCAGCCUUGGGGGACCCCUUGGGCCUCUGA